AUGGAGAGAGCUACUGAUCUCCAGCUCGUGUCUCCGGCUGUUUUGGGGAUGGAUAAAAUUUCUGUGUCACAUCUUCAAUAUGCAGAUGACACAAUAUUCCUGUUGGCAGCUAACGAGGGGAAUGUGAAUUUUAUUAAAAGGAUCCUUCUGCUCUUCCAAUUCCUUUCAGGGCUCAAAAUCAACUUCGACAAGAGCAACUUGAUGGCAGUGGGUGUCGAAAAUACGUGUUUAAGGAGGUGGGCAGGUUAUCUCAACUGUAAGGAGGGAUCUCUUCCUUUCAAUUAUCUCGGUAUCAAGGUUGGGGGACGGAUGAAUAGCAGUGUGGAAUGGAGUUGCGUGGUGGAAAAAGUGUUGAGGAAAAUCAGAGGUUGGAAGAAGAAAUCUCUUUCUUUGGCAGGGCGCAUCGUUCUUGUGAAGUCGGUCCUUCAAGCCAUCCCAGUGUUUCAAUUGUCUUUUUCCUUCAUUCCUAAAUCGGUAAUUCACGACCUCAACUCCGUUUUUGGAAAAUUUUUGUGGGGGGGAAGUGGCGUGUCUAGGUCUAUUGCUUGGUUCAAAUGGAAAGACAUGUGUGUCGACAAGCUUCAAGGGGGAUUGGGCUUUCGAAACAUUGAAUGGUUUAACAAGGUCUUGGUGUUUAAAUGGGUGUGGAGGUACUUGGUCGAGAGGGAGGCGUUGUGGGUCAGGGUGAUUAAAUCCUUGUACGGGGAUUUGUCAAGAGGGGAGGGGGGGGGAGUGGAGGGUGGAGAAAAGGGGCGGGAUGAAGGGAUGGUGGUCGAAAAUUGUUGGGAGGGUGGGGAGGGAGGAAGAAAAGUGGUUUAG